AACGGCGGAGUUGGAUGGGCAGCGCAGGGGUCUGGCGGCGGUGGAGGCGCGAGGCUGUAAGUAGCAAAUGCAGCCAGAGUUCUUGCCACCCUCCUGGCGCGAGGGCGCCCCCUACAGGAGCAUUAUACUCAUCUCUGACAAGCUGUCACCAUGAACAUGCGGGUCUUCAUAGUUGCUGGUCUACUGGUCCAUUGUGUGUUCCUGAUUUCUAUUUUUGACAUUUAUUUCACAUCUCCUUUGGUUCAUGGCAUGACUCCACAUCAAACUCCACUGCCACCACCAGCACAACGCUUAGUACUAUUAGUUGCAGAUGGUCUGCGUGCAGAUUCACUUUAUGAACUGGAUGGCAAUGGGACUUCCAAUGCACCUUAUCUCAGGAAUAUCUUAGUAUCCAAAGGCAGUUGGGGAGUAUCUCAUACCCGUGUCCCAACAGAAUCUAGACCUGGGCAUGUAGCUCUCAUAGCUGGAUUUUAUGAAGAUGUCAGUGCUGUUGCUAGAGGAUGGAAAGAAAACCCAGUGGAAUUUGAUUCUCUUUUCAAUGAAAGUAAAUAUACAUGGAGCUGGGGAAGUCCAGAUAUUCUUCCUAUGUUUGCAAAAGGUGCCACUGGGGAUCAUGUCUAUAUCAAUUGUUAUAAAGCUGAAAGGGAAGAUUUUGCAGCAGAAGAUGCAACUGUGCUAGACACUUGGGUUUUUGAUCACGUUAAGGAUUUCUUCAACUUGGCUAGAAACAACGAAACCUUGUUUUCUAAACUGCAUGAGCCAAAAAUAGUUUUCUUCCUGCACUUACUAGGAAUAGAUACCAAUGGGCAUGCUCACCGGCCUCAUUCAAGGGAAUACAAGAAUAACAUCAGGACAGUUGAUGAAGGUAUAAAAGAAAUUGUUUCAGUGAUGGAGGAUUUUUAUGGAAAUGAUGGCAACACAGCUUUUAUCUUGACUUCUGACCAUGGAAUGACAGAUUGGGGAACACAUGGUGCUGGCCAUCCAUCAGAGACUUUAACACCGCUAAUUGCUUGGGGGGCAGGAAUAAAAUACCCACAGAGAGUUGAUUCACAACAAUUUGAGGAUGACUUUUUAAAAGAUUGGAAGUUAGAGAGCCUGAAGCGGCAAGAUGUCAACCAGGCUGAUAUAGCACCACUGAUGGCUUCUCUUAUUGGAGUCCCUUUGCCCCUGAAUUCUGUGGGUGUUCUGCCUCUGGAGUACCUUAAUACUAGUGAUCUUUUUAAAGCAGAGAGUAUGUUUACAAAUGCUGUUCAGCUUCUUGAACAAUUUAAGGUUAAGAUGGCUCAGAAGAAAAAAACCACGUUACCAUUUCUGUUUUCACCAUUCAAGUCUCUUUCUGAUUCAGAGCAGAUUGACAUUCUCAGAAAAGCAAGGACAUAUAUUCAGCAUGAGAAAUACAAGGAAGCAGUAUCUCUUUGCAAAAAGCUGAUUGGCCUUGCUUUGGAAGGGCUGUCAUAUUAUCAUACAUAUGACAGGCUUUUCCUAGGUGUGAGUGUUGCCAUGGGUUUUAUGGGCUGGACAUUGUAUGUCAUCUUGAUUAUCAUAAAAGCACAUACUGGUCUGACCAGAAAUAUCACAAUAAAUAAGGUGUCUGGCAGACUUUUCCAAUAUACGUUUCUUGCUGUUGGAGUAUUGAUAGCAAUUUUUUUGGUCAUCCAGAGCUUGCCUUGGACAUACUACAUAUAUUGUCUCUUACCAGUCCCAAUAUGGUAUGCAGUUUUGAAAGAAUACCCUGUUAUUCAAGAACUGAUCACAUUUCUCUUGAACUUUCAACGGACUCGGUUUGUUGGAUUUUUGCUAGUGUAUGCCUUGGGAAUUGAAAUAUUAGUUUUCUCCUUUUUCUAUCGUGCAGCUCUCAGCUUUGGCCUGAUUGCCUUUUCUGCUUGGCCCUUGGUCGCUCGGCUCUGGACCAAAGCAAAGACAAUUGUGCUAAGCUGGAUUCUUUCAUGUUUGCUUCUAGCAGUCUUCCCUUUGAUGCCUGUUGUUGGAAGAGAAGCAAAUCUCUCUCUAGUAACAGCAGCAGGGUUGCUAACUCUGUUGGUGGCUUCAUCCUACCUGGUGGUCUGCCUUUGGAAAAGCAAAAAGAAUUACAUGCAUCAAAAAGAUCUCAAAAUAUUUCUUUUCCAGUUGCUGAAUCUGGUGCUGUCAGCAUACGUGGUGAACAGUACUCACCGCAGCCUUCGCAGCAAACAAGGAUUGCCUGUAAUAAAUCAGAUUAUUAGCUGGACAACAUUAGCUUCGUCCUUGAUAGUACCACUGCUAAGCCCCACAUUUCUAUUCCUGCGGCUGCUGAGCAUACUUCUUUCUUUGAUGUCAACAUACCUUCUGCUUAGCACAGGGUAUGAAGCUCUUUUCCCUCUGGCCUUAGCCUCGUUGAUGUUUGUGUGGAUAAAUGUGGAGCAAGAAGCAGCACAGCUUCAUGGAGUUUCACUUAAGCUAAAGCUUGCUGUGCUCAGCUUUUCAAACACUACCGAUAUAACACAGUUUCGACAACUCCAUGUGGAUGACAUCAGGCGAUCUUUUUUCUUCCUUUUCUUCAUAGUGGCAGCUUUUUUUGGUACUGGAAACAUAGCUUCUGUUAACAGCUUUGAUCCAACUUCAGUCUAUUGCUUCUUGACAGUUUUCAGCCCGUUCCUGAUGGGAGGCUUGCUGUUGUGGAAGGUUGCAAUCCCUUUUGUUCUUGUGUCCUGUGCUUUUGAAGCUGUUCAAGUCACAACCCAAUUAUCAUCUAAAAGGCUUUUCCUCAUUGUUCUUGUGAUUUCAGACAUCAUGGCUUUGCACUUCUUCUUUCUGGUUAAAGAUUAUGGAAGCUGGCUGGAUAUUGGAACAAGUAUUAGCCAUUAUGUUCUUGUGAUGUCCUUCACUAUCUUCCUGAUGCUCUUAAGGGAAGUGGCCCAGCUGCUCACUACAAAGAGACUAAGCCUUUGGGAAGAAACUAAGCACCAUUUGUUUUGAUGGAUGCCUGAGAUGUCUGUAUUUUGGAACCUUCACCUUUACUGAGAGACGCAAAGAGUUAUGAGAUUGGCAGCUAGAAACUCCUAAAGAACUUGGAGCUACAAGCAACAUCUUGACCUUCUUUAACUUGGGAGCUGAAUCUUGUUUUGUCCUUUUCUAUUUUAAAGAGGAAGGGAAAGGAAUGCAGCCAGAAGCCUCCUGUCAAAGCCAGAGUGACUAAACGACCUGUUUCACUGUUAAGGAUGAGUGGUGGUUGGGAUUCAGACAGGUGACAAAGAAGCAAAUUGCCUCUAUAACUUUGCUUGAAAGGUAUAGGAGAACAGUUCCAAGGCCUGCUGCCUGUAGGACAGGUUAGCAUUCUGUCCAUUUUUCCUUAAAACCAUGUCUGCCUUUGGACCACUUGAAGGACUGAUGUGCCAAGAAGUCUGCAUGCUCUUGCAGGAUUUUUUUUUAUCUUCUGAGGAAAAGACCAAGUUUAAUGACUUCUGUGUAGUUGGAUGAAACUAAAACUUGAAUUCUACUUUUUUUUAAAAAGUGUCUGUGUGUCUGUGUGCAUGUGCGCAGAGAGAGAGAGAGCAUGAAUUCUUGGGCUCUUUAUCAUUUUUCCCCUUAGGGCAGUGAACAUGGGCUAAACAUAGCCUGAUUAAAGAAAAGAAAACAACUAAUUUGGGUUACAUGGAGUACUAAAUUGCAAAAUAUUCAAACUGCCUCAUCUCCUUAAAAAAAGGGGGAGGGGGUGAUCAAAAUCCUAUAAUGAUCUGAAUGACUUUGGUCUGGAAUGGAGCAGUGAAGUUCUGCAAAAAUGGGUUCCAUAUUACAUAAAACUUUUUAGGUUUCACAUGGCCAUUAAUAACUUCCAUGUGGUUAAUUAUUUUAUUUUCUUAUAUCCCACCUUUCUCCCAAUAUAGGGACUCAAGGCGACAAUCAACAAGUUUAAAACAAUACAAUUUAAAAGCAGUACAACAAUAUUAAAAUAUAUAAAUAUAAAAUUUAAAGAACAAUUAAACAACUUCAAGAAUUAAAACACUUAUAAAUUAAAAUAUAACAUGUUAAAAUACAGACCAUUAAAAUUUAUGAUGCACAACAUUAAAAAACCCAGUCCUUAUCAGUUUGCAAAGACCUGCUGGCAUAAGAAUGUCUUUAUCUGCU